UCAAAUAUUCAAUCUUCGAACGGGUUUUCCAACUAUAAGGUAGAUACACCUGCGCGCGCGCCACUGUGUCCCAACACAUGCCUACCUUAGCUGCUCAAAACGCAAUCCCACUAUCAACAAGUGACCUCAGAUCAAUGCUUCGAUGCGUUCCGUGCUUAUUUGCUGCAAUAACUGUGAUAGUGUGUCGUUCGAAGAAAUAAGUAGUUCUUAGAAAUGUUGAAUCCCAGAAAAAAAUCCGGAAAAUCACCAUCCAACAACAGGUUUCCUAAGAACCAAACGCACCCUUCGAAGUGAUGGUCACAGACCUGGAUUCCUCAUCUCUGAACUCCUAUGAAGAAGACGUCGACUGCGGCUCAAAGUCAGAGCAAUUGGAGCUCUCGAAUCCUUUAGACUCAUCUCAUGUAGAGGGAGCUGUAGUCCUCCAAAGGGCCGAGCAAGGAGAAACAUGCCCCACUUUUGGCAACAUCUGUAUAUCGAACGGAAGCGACAUACAUUUCGGCAACAAAACUUUUUAUCAGGGACCCGUCACAAUAAAACAGUUUGUUUUAACUGACGCUGAAAAAUUGAAGAAGAUAAGUGAGACUGAAAUCUCCCCUAGUGAUGUUGAAAAGUUUAGUCAAGUUGAUCUGGAUGGUGGAAUUGUUAAUCCUAGUUUCGAGAGAGAGUCUUCGAAUAAUGAUGAAGUUGGUAACACUGGAGGUACUUCAGAAGCUGUUGAACGUACCAGUUCCAGGAGCAGGUAUCUCAAAGGUCUAUAUCUGCAGAAGCUUUUGAACAAUUACAAAACACUAUCAGUAUCAAUCUGCUUUUUCCUCGUUAUUCUGUCAUUGUUUGCAUUGAUUCUGACUCAGCUUUUGAAAAGUCCAGAAGCACUGAUAGUUAAGAAUGAUGAGGAUUCUUCAAAACAUGUAGAUAGUGAAGAUUCCCAUAACACGCCAAUAGAGGGGCCUAUAGAUCCCACAAAAAUAAAACCCCUGGUCCUGAAGAUGGUAAGCCGCUGGGAAUGGUUGGCACAACCUCCUACCCAACCUACAACCCCUCUAAAAACCCCUGUGCCCUAUGUGAUAAUCUCCCAUACAGCAACCGAAACCUGCCUCUCCCAAGCCCAAUGUGUCUUCCAGGUUCGGUACAUCCAAACCUUCCACAUCGAGAGCAGAGGAUGGUUUGACAUCGGUUACAACUUCUUGGUAGGAGGUGACGCAGAAGUGUACAUCGGGAGGGGAUGGGAAAAAGAAGGAUCCCACACCCUUGGCUAUAAUAAGUACAGUAUCGGGAUAUCCUUCAUUGGUACUUUCAUAGAUAACCUGCCUACCAAAAAUCAACUGGUAGCGUGCAAAAGACUGAUUCAAAAAGGUGUUGAACUUGGUUACAUCAAGAAGGACUAUAAAUUACUUGGAGCAAGGCAGCUACAAACUACGCAAAGUCCAGGGACCAAGUUGUUUGAGGAAAUUAAGAAGUGGCCUCAUUGGACUGAAGAGCCUUAGAGCUCCUUAGUCCCCAGUUUCCUCCAAAAUUGUAUAUAAUAAAAGGUCAUGUGUAUAAUAUGUAAAUAUGUAAUAUGUAAAUAGCGUUUUAGUUCAAAAUAAACCAUGUACAGUUUAAUAAAAAUGUUGAAUUUUGA